AUGGCAGAGCAAUUGAGGUAGGUGUCAAGUUUUCACCAGCCCAUUUAGGGGUGUCUGUAUGAUUUCACUGAAUCCUUGUACAUUUUACCUAGCAGGGUGAAUCAGGAAAUAUGUACUGAAAUUCCCGAUUUGACGAGAAAGCUUUGCAGUUCAAUCGGCGUGUUAGGCUUUAAACAUGAAACUGGACUUUGGGACCCUGUUUAUUUCACAUUUAUGCUGAAUUUAAUAACCAUAUGUGUGUGUGACCGCAAGGACACGGUGUCUCAGAGUUUCUAAAAGCGCACGCGAAUUGUUACUUGCCGAGAGAAGUCACCAAAGCCAUUUCGUUUGUAUUUGCUAAGACUAUGAGGAAGAAGUGUUUACAUGAUAGUAUAAAAUUGCCACAUAAAGACAUGCUUUACAAGUCAUUUGAUUCCACACUCGCUGCCAGGCAAUUUUGUCAUUGAUAUUGCAGACUUCUAGUUUAAAGUUUGUCGGACUAUGAGGCGUCAGCUUAAAUAGCCAACAGUUUUAGCCAACACAACUGAACAUUUCCUGGAUGUCAUCAUUAAAUAACGAUAAUAAUGGAAUGUCCUAAGCAUUUAAUCAGGUGAAAGACGAUAGAACGCAGUUUACAAGGGAUUCGCUAAAUUUCAAACGAUUAACCUAUGUCUAGAAGGAAGAGAGAAAACUGGACAAUUCAGUAUCCCCUGAACGUAACUUCAGACCCAUAUAUGAAACAGGAAGUGUAAAACAUUAAGUCAGUCAUCAAUUUCAACGAUCAUUGGCGGCCUUCGGGGCUGAGCCAAGAGUAGGGAGCGACUAUUCAAAAAUAGGUGGGUAUCCGCGGACUACCCUUGAAAUCAAUCACUGUUAUGGGCGUGAUGGCACGGGGCUAAAAAUAAAUAGAGCUCUCACGAGUGAAUCUCUCAUACAGAUCAAUUGUGACGAAUUUUCAGUGUAUGCGCCUGAAUUAUCUAUUCCUGAGAAAGGUUGAACGACCUUUUAAUAAACAUAAAGCCGAAUGCAAGAGUAUAUUUUUCCUUUAAAAAUGUCCUUUUUUGAGGAAAAGUGUCGUAACACUUGCUUAUAUUGUUCGAUCUUGAAAUUAACCUCUUGAUCCAAAUCUCCCUAAUAAGAGUGGCUGUCGUAUAGGUACAUAUAACAAAAGUCCUAGAGACUAGCUCUCUGAUAUGCCAUUCCUGAUGGUAUUACCAAUCCCAGAAACCUUAGAUGAAUGCGACCUAUACUCCGAGCAGCCUCAUCCAUCAAAAAGCCGAAGUCUGGAAUUACAAGAUGAAAAAAGGGUUCGGACAUUUAACCAAUCAGAAAAUAAACGCUCGAAUUACGACAUCCAGGUUCGCCAGGAACACUAAAAGAUGUCAUAAAGCAUAGAGUAGGCCCAAAAGCAAAGCUGUGCCAAGCCUCUAUGAACCCUCUGUCCUGUCUUGCAGGGCUAAUUAAGAGUAUGAAAGUAAUGCACGUUGUUUACCAAAUUUUCCUCAAUGAAGCCUCUGGUCCGUCUCAGACCUGGUGGAUUCGUCCUCGACAAAGAGUCAGGACGGCCAUAGCUGGCCAACCUUUGCACCUCUGGGUUUUUCCAAGGUCUUCCUCAGCCAUCUAAAAAAUGUCGUCAGCAGUGAAGGCGGCAUCACCCACAACUCCUCCGACCCAUCGCCUACAAGUAAUGCCGCCAGCAUCUACGACGAAAUAUCACCAGACUGCCUGCUACCACCACAAUCAGCAUCACUGUCUAGUCAGCUUCUGACUCUGAACAUGCAAUUUCUUGUUUCCAGCCAAAAACAAGAAGCUGAAAGAGACCAACAUGCAGACUUUUCUAGCAGCUGUCAAGAAGACUCCUGCGUGAUGGACGCCGGUUCCGAACAACAGAUGAUAAGCCCAGAUCAUUCUUUGGCAAAAGGAGACCAAGCAGGUUUGUGUUCUCGUUUGAUAACCUUGAUCCAGAAGCUUUUUAGGAGAAUAGUUGACAAAUGUUCUUGAUUACUGGUUUCAGAAAAGUGCCUUUUAUGUGACGGCAAUGUCUGUCGAAUAUUUUUGGAAUGCCGCCAAACUUGGGGCAAAAUUUCAUUAAAAUACUCAAAAACAAGUGAUUUUAUCACGAGGCAGCAUGUUCGUACGAAAUUUUUGCAAGCCAAACAAAUGAUUUCGCCUAAUGAAUAAUCUCAGUCUUUGAAAAACACUUCUCAAAGUUCAAUGACUGAACUGGUAUUAGAGUGCAACAAGAGAUAAAAACCUUUAGAAGUAUACAUCACCAACUAUACUCCAAUUGUAUCCACUUUUUUAAAUACUUGGAUAUUCCGAGCCGUUUAUCUUCACCAAAGCAAAAUAGAGAGUAUUGACAGUCAGCUCAGAAUGUCUUACGAUCAGGACUAAGACUGGAAAGCAAUUAUACAAAUAUGUGGUUGAAAAAUAGGUGCUAGCGCAAAUUCUGCAGAAAUCUUCUCACUGUACCCCAGCACCAGCGUUAGUUCAUAUUUUACGCUUCCCAGAACAAGUGUGCAAGUGUCAGCGAGAUUCUUUAUACUGGGGGGUUUGGAAAUUUUUUAUCGAAGACUUUCAUAUUUCCCGUUCACAAAUCAAUUCUUGGAAAAACUAUGGAAACUAAACAUCAGAACUCAGGGUUGUUAUAUAUUAGAAAGCAAAUGAUGAUUCCCGUAAAGCCCACUGAUGAGCCAAACUUCUCGCAGUUGCGUUAUGCACUGGCAUCAAAGCCGGCGAAACACUGCCUGAGUUUUUUUAGUACCAGUGCUGGGGUAUGGUAAAUCAAUGGAUAUUUCUAUCCUGAACCACGAAUGUUCAGCGGUUAUUUCACUAAUGCCGAAGUAUUUCAGUUCAGUUGUUUGCAUAAACCUUUAGACCAAAUCCCAUUUGCUUGCCUCAAAUUUUUUACUCCAAAUCUACACACUGUUUUCUGAGGAAAUUUCAAAUUUCACAUGCACCAGCCUACUUUGGGGGACUGCCUUCUGUAUUUUUCAAAGAAGGUGCUGUUCUGCAGAGUUUUUGGUCGGCUCUUCGUCGGCAGGAUGACAUUCGCUGACCCUAUCGCCCUGAGGAGCCGGUACAGCUACAAUGUCUACAUUAGUUCGUUGUUCUGAACACUCACACGUAAUUAUUUAGUAAGAAAGCUCAAUUUAAAGAAAAAAUUUAUCACGCAGAUCAGUAGGUAGCAAAAAGAUACUCAAAGUAAUCGUAGGUGGAAGGCAUACGUUUGUCAGUAAAGCAGAAGGGUCAAAACAUUGACAAAUUUGUUAAAAACAGUUGGUAUUGACUUACCCUACGCAUAUACUUACUUCUUACCUAGUUUUUUUAAGUGGACGUAAGUGAACUCUGCUUUCCGUCCGUCGUCAACUGAGUCGUGCAUGCCAAUUUUCCCAUAAAUUUCCGGGUUGACCAUAAGUGGAGCAUAUGUUUCUUAACAGUUGUGAUCUGACAAUCUCAGUGAAUGAGAAAUUCACCCUGAAUAGUAGAUGAUUUUCUUUGCAUGACCUUGUUAGAAGGCGAUAACGAUAUCUUCUGAGUACUUAAUGUAACAAUUAUUAUCGUGGGAGGAUCUAGUUUGAAUAACUUAUGUAGAGCUGCGUUAUGCAUUUUAUUGGUCAAAAUCUCGCUUACUAUCAUAUGAAGCAGAUAAAAUGGCUCGGGUAGGAAAGGCUCAUUUUGCGGAAAUUUAAAAAUCCCAACCCGAAAUAUUGCGCUGUUUCAGAAUCGAUGGAACUCAUCGUUGCGAACAGCGUCUUGCAUCUUGACAUGCCAUUCCAGACCUUUAGAUUGUAGCGGGUGAGUAACCAGUUGCGAUACACAUGCAGAUAAUUCCUAAUUCACAAACGAAUUAAAAAUGGCAUGUACCUUUUCUCAGGAUGUCAACAAAUGUUCAUGAAAUACAUAAUAUUAUGAUAUAUACUAUAUGUAAUAUGUAAUUACUCUUGUAUCUUACUCGAGCCAGCACAUGUUAAGUCGUUAUUAUUGCUAUUAAUUAUGCAGGUAACUUAGAGCACACUUUUGCUCGAUUUAACCUUGCACUAACAUAAAAAACGCUGUAGGCGAUACCCUACUUUUUCCAGUGAAAGUUCUUCGAAAUACUUUAUACGCAGUUUUAAAGACACCAAAUCAACACUGGUAGGGAAAUCAUGCUUUUACAUUGUUCUUGUGUUUUGGGCUUUGGUCAGCAAGCACAUACUCUACCGAUGUGUACUUGAGUGCGCGGCUUUAAAGCAUGUGACAUUAAGGUAAGUUAUCUGCCCGAAAGUGGUUUGGGGUUAAGCGUUUUUCACCGGAAUAUAAAAAUCCUCAAGUUAUGAAACUUAACGGACAUCAUUCCCCAUAUAAAUGAGUACAUCCUGGAAUCAGAAUAAAGUACAAAAAAGUAAAAAUUUGUCUGAUGGCCUUGACUACAAACAAAACUUUAGAUUAGUAAUAGAGAAAGAGUAGCAAAGAGAUUGAUUUGGGCAUUCGUAACACAUCACAUAUACACAAGUGUCCUAACCUAAGAAAUACAGGAACUACCUAGAUGUCCCAUAAACCUUAAGCCGAUUUUUUAUCCUUACCUUAUGCAAAUAAGGCGCCUUAUUCAACAGCAUUUCUCCUAACAGUCCCCAUGAGGCUUGUGGCAAAACACGUCGCAAAUGGUACCUUAAAAUCCUGUCGCAAUUUAUUUAGUAUCUGCCCCGAAAUUAAGGUGGAGCUAUUUCCUAUGUUCAUAAGGCAUGCCGUUCAUAGUUCGACUGGUGUAUGCAAUAAUUUCUCUGAUCAUUUUACAUUCUACAUAAGCAAAUAAGCAAGUUUAAAAUCUGACAAAGAGCCGACCCAAUAUUAUAAAAGCCCAAUUCCCGAUACGCUGCCUUGCAUUCAUGUAAUGUGUUCUAACAUGUUUAUAAAGCAGACUGAAAAAAUCUGCACUGCACCUCUUCCCCCUCCCCCCUCCCCCUAAAGCCGUUCAUUGUGAAACGAAAGAAGAGAGAGUGGACAACAGGGCUUCCUCCGAAAAGCGCCAAAAAUAUGGAACUCGACGGGACCCGACGGCAGAAAAGAAACGAAAGAAAAUCAGUGCUUCCUCUCAAGACACGAAUGAACAUAUUGAGGACAUUCGCCGCUUCGCACGGGCCUUCAAAAUGAAACGCCUCAGUCUGGGUCUGACGCAAACUCAAAUCGGUAGAGCCUUGACUGCCGCAGAUGGACCGGCCUACAGUCAGAGCGCGAUCUGCAGGUAAGUCAGUUGCCCAGCACCAGAUAUUCAGUUGCCACAAUUGCUUGUUGAGAGUCUUGCCCUACAGUCUCUGUUCUCGUAGUUCGCUGCCGUUUUAGAACUUGUUCUGGAGGUAGACGAGGCUGAUCGCCAACCAGGUAUGAGAUUACCUUGUCGUGGUUAGGGCGCAUGAGUACGUUUGAAUGAAUAGAUGGUCCUAAUAAAAAAGCAAGUAGGACAUGAGACUAGGAAUCCCCUCAUAAUCCCGGGAACUAGAGUUACGGUUGGGGUUAAGACACGAGAAUAAGUACCAUUUUUGGAAUUGAGCGCAAGGCUGCCUUAGUACGGGGGCUCCUGUUCCCAUGUCCCACCGAAAGGCAAGCCAAUAUGAAGACGAGUAGGUUAGGCUGAGAUACAUUACAUCCUAAGAUCAUAGGCAGUCGUCUACCUUAUUAUCAAAAUUUUAUCUCUAACGGCUUCAAAGGAUUUUUAGGAAAAUCCUCAACGGACACCUAUGUCGAAAAGUGUUGUCUCUGAACCUGAGCAAAUGUCUUUCCUUUGUCAAAAAAGACCACUGGCACAACUGCAUAUGUCCGCACGCAUGUCUUUAGGGCUAGCAGAAGUCAGUAGGACGGAUUCAGGACUUGCUAGGUAGUUUGCAGGCACAGCAUCGGUAUGAUUGAAUUUAAGUCCUUUAGAUAGUAGUCUCAUUUCGGUGAGUGUUGGACUCCUUUUCGAUAGGUUAACAACUCUCGCAGACACGUUGCACUCGUUAGUAGGACGAAGAAGAGAUUGCAGUUUUUCUCUCAACUCGGCUCGCUUCUUCAUUCUGGCGUUUUCGUGGUAGCGUUUAUUCUUUGUAGUGCGAUUUCGAAGGUCUCUCCAGGCAAAUGAUGAAAGGCACUGUCUUCCAAGGCCGGAUAUUGUUGUCUCAAAUCUGGAAAGCCGAUGGUGUACGUCUAAUAUAAUAGCAUUCAAAACUCGGAAUCCGUAUUUGCGUGCGAGUAGUCUUCCAGUCUCGUUCGGUAGAGUGGGCUUAAAGCGAAGAGACUUAGGUAGGAUGCCAUGAUCGCCACAGCAGUGAAGGAAAGUCAACUGCUCGGAAGACGCCGCCUGUCUCUGGGGGAAUUUCUCCCAGCGCCUGGUAAUAAUAAGCGCAUGACAUCCAAAAAAUUGAUGAAUAUCGAAGCUAAUAUACAUUCCGAGAUGAUGUAAUAAAAACAGAAGGCACGUCGGAAAAUCGAGAUGUACUCGUGAAUUUUCAAGUCGGUCACAUCAACUCGUCGUCAGGCGAAAUGAAUAAUAUGGAGGGGGUUAACCGUGCUGGAGAGCGGGGAGGAACAUCGAGGUUACAUCGACAAAACAGACGUGCAUGUGAGGGGAGUGGAUAGUGUGUUCUUAUAGGCGCCAAAAAGUAGGGGAGAUGUUGAGAGUUUCAGCUGCGGUUCACUCUGUCGGGGAGGUGUCGAAUCGGUGGUAUUUUAUACGGCUGAACAUGGACUAGCAGCUGGCGUCUUAGGAUGGACGCAAGUCAGGGAGCCGUGAACGCAAACCUUCGUAGUGAGCGUCCAGGUCGACAUGGCGGUUGGUGCUGUUGUUGUUAGAGUGCCAAGCUUCGAGAAACUCUCGCGCCCGUUUGGUGUUGGCACUGGCGAUCACUUCAGUCCUCUCCCAUUUGAAAAGGUGAUCACACUUAAGGGCGUGCGCAAACACGAGAGACAACGGGUCCCGCCGGUGGAUGACCAACUUAUGUUCGUUACUGCGGGUCCCAAGUCGUCGGCCGGUAUGCCAAACAUAAACGCAAGAGCAGUUCGCACAUGGAAUGCGGCAAAUGGCAUUUGUCUGCUACUCCUUCUGUAUGGGGUACUUUGCUCGGGAUAAUGCUGUGCGCAGUGAAGACGCCGGUUUGUGGGCGAUGGAGAUGCCGUACUGAUUUAAUUUUCGAGUGACCGCUGCGGAAAUUCUUGGCAUAUAGGGCAGGGAGUAGAAUUUCCGCGACACCCUCUCUCCGUUAGAGUCGAUGCUUUGUAGUUGUCUCUGGCGUCUGAGACAGUUUUUCGCAAAUCUCGCCGGGUAUUGGUUGAGUCGGAAGAACCGAUACAAAUAAGCCAGUCCUUUCUUGAGUAAAUACUCGCUAUUGCGGCAACGAUAGGCUCGGUGGAAAGCGUCUGAACACAGCUCCUUUUAUGGGCAACUGAGUGGUUACUCCGAUAGUUAAGGAUGAUUUCAGCGUUAGAGCCUUUCCUAUGAACGUUUGUUAUGAGGCCACUGUUAUUGCGCCUUUGUAUAUUUACGUAUAGGAAUGGGAGGGUGCUUCCUUUUGCUUCUUGACGGGUAAAAUGGAGGGCUGGAAAGGUGCCAUUCAGGCUCUGGUGAAAUCGCUCAACUUCACAGGUUUUUACGAUAACGAAUGUUUUGUCCACCUACCUGAGCCACAUUUUGGUCGAAGACUUUGUAUAACAUCCUCCUCUGGUCGUUGUAAGAUUAGUUUUGUGAGGUACCCCGAAAUUUUCAAUCCCAUUUGAAUGCCCUUAACCUGUUGGUAAUACUCGCCAUCGAAUUGGCAAUAGCUGCUGAGACAGGUCAAUGGGAUUGUCUUGCAGGCGUCGGACACUGCUCCCAAUGGCAAGGUCAUGUGGUAUUGAGGAAAGCAAGGCGACUACAUCAAAUGAUAGAAUGCUUUCAUCGGGACUUAUUUUAAGACCUUGGUGCUUUUUAAGGAAUGUCUGAGGGUUUGUGAUGCUGUAUUGUGAUCCAUCGACGAGGUGCUUCAGAUGCUUGUAUAACCAUUUGGCUAGGUUUUAAGUGGGCGACCCAAUGAGUGACACUAUUAUCCUCAAUGGUGCAUCUGGUUUGCGCACUUUUGGAGGGCACAUGUGCGAUACGGGAGUCACUGAGAGUCAUGGAUCUGGAAUCGUUGGGAUAUAUCAGUUUUAGUCGAGCGAGUUCAUCCACCUCCUUUACAACUGCGGCCUGCUCUUUCGUUGGGUCAUCAGCGAGCCUUCUGCUCUUAUUAUAUAAUCUCGGAAUGCAUACUGUUUCCGUUAAUAAUGCACAUAUACAUAUAUAUAUAUUGGAAUGGUAAUUUCUGUCCGCCAUUAAGUAACUAUUACAGAGAUUCACAACCAAGGAGUAAACAUUCUGGACACACUGCAUGUGCCCUAACUUUGAUCAGCCAAAUCCGUUGACGAUGCCUUAUUAGCCCUACCGAAUUUCGCCAGCCGACAGUCAAAUCCAGGACAAGUAUGCAGAUCAAGAUGUCACAUUCAUGUCGUUUUCGGAAAUUUUCAGCUGGGCGCACGCAAGGCUUAAUGUAGUAUUCUCCUCGCCGUAUACGGAGUGGACGAAAUAGUUUAAUAGACCCAGUAUUUUAGACAUAAUCAUCGUGUAAUCUUUGCCUCUUUUAAUCCAAAAACGUAACACAAUACAUCUACUGGCGGCAAGUUGCACAACCCAUGCACCAUGCCUCAAGUGGAUACAUUAUUUCACCAUAAACAGCCACCCAGACGACCCCAACUGAAGGUAAUCGUGAAUUUAUUUAUGCGCAUGCAAGAACUGGCCUUUUUCGGUGACUUAACACUCAAGAAAAGAUACCCAUGUUCGAGAAAAUUCAUUAAUGUUUGUUAUUUGCGGUUUUUAUAAUUUCAGAAGACUCACCGACCCAAUACUUGAACCAUGUCAGCUGUCCCAAGAUACAUUCAGUUGAUAAAAAGACUUUGACUGUCAUUCAGUUGAGGUGCACUUAUCAUGAAAGCACCUCAGUCAGCAUUAAUGUCAAGGAAAUCCGGAAUACUAGGAGCAGGCAAAAACGUGAGGUACUCCUUGAGGACAUGCAGGGAUAAAAAGUUAAGUAAAACCUGAACUAUCCAAACCAUCGAACACUAGGACCGAAUAAUUAAUAAUUUCCCAAAAAUCUGAUGUAAAAGGCGAGACUUGUGUUCAUGAUUUCAAAGAAAUUAACAAAACAUGCUGUAACCUCUAAAACGGAUGGAAGAAAUAUAUGCUCUUAAGUGAGACAUGGGAAAGUUCUGUAUGGGUACUAAAGUCUUAUAUGCGGAAUUAACAAGUCAAUGUGUCCGAUGAAGCCGUAUUUACUUGAUGUUUAAACUGGAUGUCCCUUCUAGGAAUUACAUUCUAUGCUUCAUCGAUUCCGACAUCCACCACAAAAGGACCAAAUUAGCGCUUAUCUGGGAAUGUCUUCUUCUUUUUCAAAAUAUGCAUCAAUGGUGAGUAUGGAAGAUCACCAGACAUAGAGAGAAAUCACAAAAAGUGGCGUAGGUUUGAAAGGGCUACUUAAAUUAGGUUGUAGUACCGUUUAGCACGCAAAAUAAUCAUCAAAUGGUUUAUACUCGCCAGGAUGCCGUUUUUUGGAAAUGAUGCCUUCAGUCAACCACAGGGGUCCCAGACAUUGAAAAUUAUCACUUUCAUCAUACGCACUUUUCUACUGAUCUUCGAGGCUCGUAUGAACUGAAUCAUCUUUCCUCGAAAGUAUGCACGAAAUAAUCCUUUCCUGUGUGUCUGUUGCAAGAAACUAUUUCUUCCUCAGUCAUAUUUUUAAAGAAUUAUGUCUACAUAUUUCAAUAAAAGGUUAUCAAUUUCCUUAUUUUGGACGCAGACCGUCGUUAGAGUUAGGCUUGGGGUUUUCAGGUUAUACGCUGUGUGUUUAGCAUUUCAGUAAAAGCAUGUUUCUAUUUGUGUCGCUAGUAAGGAGUCAGAUAUGGCCCAUAUAAGUUUGCAACAAACGGGUAUAAUGUUGUAUACUCCAAAUUACCGUUAAGGACUGUAGAUAUACCAUGAUACUUAAAUAAAACCUUCUUAUACAAAAUCUUUUAAAAACCGACGGACUAUUCCUUCAAACAUGCAAUAGGACUUUUUUCCCAGAAGUGAAGACCAAAAUUAAUGUUUUCAUAUCGAACAAAAUAUGGCUUCAUUUAUACAAGCAUCGAAAAAAUGCGAAAAGCUUGCAACAUAUAAAUAGCCACAUUUGACGAGGGUGACUGCACAAGUGGCUGGACAGCUACCUAUGGCAGUUUCCCGACGCUUAUGAAAUAUCGGCAAACUAAAUUACAAGUCGUCAGUACUUAAACUCCACUUGAGUAAUCCUUGUUAGGUUAAACUAUAUUUCUCGGAACUUCAGUCGAUGUUUCUAUAUUUUAGCCACUUAGUGUUUGUGCAAUUUUUGUGGCGCUGCUGUCCGAGGGACUCGUGUAACCUAAGUAACAGAAAAAGGAUUUUAUCCUGAAUAAGAAUGGUGCAGAAUAUGCGAGACGCUUGCCUAUGCCGGGGUGGACACUUACUAGUAUUAUUGACAUUUUGUACAAGUCAACACCGUCGCUGGAGGGAUAGACAUAACAGACAGGCAACCGCCCACAUGAGUAGAGAAUUCCCAAGCAAACAUAUCGGAUGGGUACAAACGAAAACAAGGCAGCUGGGGCCACAGAUGGAAAUUAAUCACUGCUUUCUUCCGAUAUAUCUACUAGGAUCAAUAUAUGCAACCGCACAGUGGUAGACGUUAACGCAGAGCCUUUUAUCGACUAGUGAAAACGAUACAGAACAGCGUCAUUCGAGACCAGCAUUCAGUCAGUGCCAGAGUAUAGCCGGGUGAAAAAGGUGUAAAUGAACCAAAAAAUGUUAUGUAUGAAUCUAAUUUAUCUACCUCUCGUAGACUCAGCCUGAGAUGGAAGAUAAUGGCAGAGAGACAAGCGAACAUGCGCACUUCCUAGGAAGUUGUAGGUCACAUACAUAGGGCAUAAAGUUGAACAUUGUUCAAUUAAUACAUAGAAAGAGGCAUCCGGAUAACUGCCGUCAGAAGAAAGUAAUAAGGCAGCCGGCGACUUUAGCGAGGUAAGUGACUACAGGUUAAACAGUUCAAACUCCUUUCCUCCAGUCCAGACAGCAUUACUACUCGAUAUGGUGCCACAUGGUCCUUUCUCCGUUUCAUUAGGGCUUUCUGACAUAGGAUUGUCUGGGUUGCAGGUAUCCUACUUUCCCCGAAUUCGUCGUGUACAGUCAACCUUUUGGUAUGGAUAGAUCAGGGUUGUGGAAAUUGCGCAUUAAAUCUGGGUAUACCAAGUCUUUUGCGAUGAAUUCAUGCCUCUUCACUAGAAAUAUUUUAGACGUAAGCCAACAUGCGGCCGCUGAUGACGCUUUUGACUGUUAACAGCAGCUAGCAUCCAUCCGAGUUGUUAAGUGCAAAGAGAAUAGUACAGUUAUUAUGUCUCCAAAACUUCCCUUACGUCUAUUCGGUGCCCCAAUAAACUUAUUUCUUCUGAAACUCGAUCAAAAGUGAUUUUAUUUUGGUGAGUCCAAAUAGACCAUGGGGAGGACUGGUCUGGCAAUUUUACGUUGACUCAUAAUUAACAUUUUCUAUUUUCCAUAGAUUUGAAAAACUGGACAUAACGCCCAAAUCAGCUCAACGAAUUAAGCCCGUACUUGAGCGCUGGCUGGCCGAGCUGGAAGGUAAAAAAUGUCCGGAGCAAACGCCCGGUCUAGAAGAAAAUUUCGUGGAAGACGCCGUCACUCGGAAAAGAAAGAGUCGAACCAACUUUUCCACCGACGCACUUGCACGACUUAACUGUGAAUUCGCCACCAACACGCAUCCAUCAGGUACUAAACAUCUCUACGAAACUUUUAUUAUAAAGGCGGUAAUGUUGUAACGUCUUCAAAUGACGGCUUGAACCACCGCAUAAAAAUGGCAUUUUUGACGACAGACGAAAGUAGCCAGAUCAGUACAACCCGACAAAUUUAAUCUUAUGGGCUACUUCAGCAAUGCAUGCUUGCACCAAAAUCGAACAAUGCAAAUUCCUCUUUUUACUCUGUGUGGAAGUCCAAAAACGGUUGCCACAGUCAGUUAGUUAUCCGCAUAUCUAACGGAAGUCUAUCUAUGCCUCAUACUUUACACGAGGCGGAAAUUUACGAAAGGAGACACACAAGGCUCAGUGACACACCUGGUUUACCCUCCUUGCGGAGUACGGGGUAUUCGAAUGAAAAGCUUACUGCUUGAUUCAUUCCAUGUCUCUGAGACAUAUGUCCUCGCUCAGACAACUUUGCAAACUUACUUCUACCGAAGACUCAGCAUCUCCGUUCUGACGUCAAUGAAGUAUGUGGACGUAUUGUUGCGAGUUCGAAUUCGCUAUAAAUAGCAGACAAGAAUACCUUACACAAUAUGAAGCAAUGAUAACAAAGGGACAAAAAUGCGAAGCAACUCUGCAAAACAGCUCCAGAAACAUGACUCUGCUAGGGAUUUAAAGAAUUACUAAUAAGGCAAUUUACUCUAGCUGAUCGCUAGUUCUCGUUUCAUAAACAAUAUUUCAAAAAUGUCAUUGUCACGCAGUGUAAUUUUUGUUCUACAAGUUUAAACGAGGCAGAACUUGAGCUGUGAUCUAUAAGGUUCCCUGUCCUUCACUGUCAAUCUUUUGAAACCAAUCCCGCGCAACCUGACUUAUGGAAUAAUAGGGAGAUUUUCGUGAUUGAUUUUCCGUUUCCUUCUUAUAUGCUUGAGAAUAUCUCAACUGGCCCAACAACUCAACUACGACCGGGAGGUGAUACGUGUUUGGUUUUGCAACAAACGACAGUCCUGCAGAAAUGGACCACUCGCUAGUCGGAUGCGGGACUAUGGGAUAUUCAAACUCACGACAAAGCAUUCGACCGGCCUUCUAGGAUUCCCAUUUUCACCAGAGAACCAACCAAACCUCUACGCCAUGGACGGCCCUCUAGCCAACAUGACAACGCAUAUGCCUGGAUGCGGAACUAACAAUGGGGGUUCGCCUUCGGGUGACACCGGCAGCACUGAUCUCGACGACACCUGGUUGCCCCUGGACCUCAGUAUUAGACGGAGAGACAGUGCUCAGUGA